GGUUCAAUUUUCUAAUAAAGCACCUUAGGUUUUACAAACUUUGAUUUUGAAGCCCCAUUUUAACCUUUGCCAAAAGAGUACCAUCCAUAUGGUCUACUAUUGUUAUUUAUUCAUAUGUUUUCUUUUACUAUUUUUUAGAAAUUUUAGAUUUGAAUUUGUGAGAUUGAGAAUCCAACCCCAAAUCUCCAAGGCGCAUGAUCAGAUUGUUUAGUUACAGAACUCUGCCUUGUAUAAAUUUCUUAACACAUUGCAGAAAAUCCAACGCUUGGAUAUGCUUCUCACAACGUUAUUUCUCAGCCCAAGUGGCCCAAUUGACCCAGCAAUGCACGACUUGUAUGGAGCUUCCAAGCUCAGAGUUCAACUCUCACGCAUAUGCCACUAUGCUUCAAGAUUGUAUCCAAAACGGUGACCCAACUUCAGGGAAGGCUCUCCACUCUGAGAUUCUGAAAAGAGGUGGCUGUUUAGACUUGUUCGGAUACAACAUUCUUCUCAACAUGUAUGUGAAAUCCGAGUUGUUGUGUGAUGCCAUUAAACUGUUCGACGAAUUGCCUGAGAGAAACACGAUCUCAUUUGUUACGUUAAUUCAGGGAUACGCGCAGUCCUUGCGAUUCGUUGAGGGCGUGGAGUUGUUUUCCAGGUUACAUAGAGAGGGUCACGAGCUUAACCCUUUUGUUUUUUCUGCGAUUUUGAAGUUGCUUGUGAGUAUGGGAUGGGGUGAGCUAGGUUGGACCCUUCAUGCUUGUGUUUGUAAGCUUGGUCAUCACUCUAAUGCAUUUGUUGGGACUGCUCUUAUUGAUGCUUAUUCUGUUUGUGGGCAAGUUGAUAAUGCUAGUGAAAUUUUUGAUGGGAUUGUUUGUAAGGAUAUGGUUUCUUGGACCGGGAUGGUAGCUUGUUAUUCUGAGAAUGAUUGUUUUGAAGAGGCAUUAGGAGCCUUUUCUCAAAUGAGGAUAAUUGGGUUCAAGCCAAAUAAUUUUACUUUAGCUGGUGUGCUCAAGGCCUGUCUUGGACUGGAGGCUUUUAGUGCGGCAAAGGGUGUUCAUGGGUGUGCAUUGAAAACUCGCUAUGAGCAGGAUCUUUAUGUGGGUGUUGCAUUACUUGAACUGUACACGAAGUCUGGAGACAUUGAUGAUGCUCAGCAGGCAUUUGAGGAGAUCCCUAAGAAAGACGUGAUUCCUUGGAGUUUCAUGAUUGCACGUUAUGCUCAAAGUGAUCGGUGUGAAGAAGCUGUGGAAUUGUUUUGUCAAAUGAGGCAAGCUUUUGUUGUACCUAAUCAGUUUACAUUUGCUAGUCUUCUGCAAGCUUGUGCAACUAUGAAAGGUUUAGAUUUGGGGAAGCAAAUCCAUUCUCAUGUACUCAAAGUUGGUCUCAACUCAGAUGGGUUUGUUUACAAUGCCCUCAUGGAUGUCUAUGCUAAGUGUUUGAGGAUGGAGGACUCUAUGGAUCUAUUUUUGGAAUCGCCAAACAGAAAUGAUGUUACUUGGAACACUAUGAUUGUUGGCUACGUGCAGUCAGGUGAUGGGGAGAAGGCACUCAAGUUAUUUUUAGAUAUGCUUGAAUACCAAGUGUGUGCGACAGAAGUGACAUACUCUAGUGUACUUCGAGCUUGUGCUAGUCUGGCAGCCAUGGAUCUGGGAGUCCAGAUCCAUUCCUUGACAGUCAAAACCAUUUAUAACAAGAAUAUUGUUGUUGGUAAUGCUUUAAUAGAUAUGUAUGCUAAGUGUGGGAGCAUUAAGGAUGCCCGUACUAUAUUUGACACAUUGAAUGAACGGGAUGAAGUUUCAUGGAACGCUAUGAUCUCAGGAUAUUCUACGCAUGGUUUGGGUAGGGAGGCUCUAAAAUUUUUUGAAAUGAUGCAGGAUAUGAAGUGUAAACCAAACAAGUUAACUUUUGUUGGCGUUCUGUCAGCUUGUAGCAAUGCAGGGCUGCUAGAUCAAGGACAAGCUUAUUUUAAUUCUAUGGUGCAGGAUUAUGGCAUCGAACCAUGUAUAGAGCACUAUACUUGUUUGGUCUGGCUUCUAGGGAGAUCAGGACAUCUUGAUAAGGCUUUCAAGUUGAUUAAGGAAAUCCCAUUUGAGCCUAGUGUUAUGGUUUGGCGUGCUUUGCUUGGGGCUUGUGUUAUCCAUAAUGAUGUUGAGCUUGGUAGAAUUUCUGCACAGCGUGUCUUUGAAAUGGAACCCCAAGAUGAAGCAACCCAUGUGUUAUUGUCAAAUAUAUAUGCCACUGCAAGGAGGUGGGGAAAUGUUGCUUCAGUUAGGAAAAACAUGAAUAGGAAAGGAGUAAAGAAGGAACCAGGUCUCAGUUGGAUUGAGAACCAGGGAAUAGUUCAUUAUUUCACUGUUGGAGAUACUUCACAUCCUGAAAUGAAACUAAUUAAUGGGAUGCUGGAAUCUUUGAAAAUGAAAACUAGGAAGGCAGGAUAUGUUCCUAACCAUAAUGCAGUUUUGGUUGAUGUGGAUGAUGAUGAAAAGGAGCAUCUCUUAUGGGUACAUAGUGAAAGAUUAGCUCUUGCUUAUGGGCUAAUAAAAAUGCCAUCUGGGAGCCCUAUUCGUAUCAUUAAAAACCUCCGAAUAUGUGUGGAUUGUCAUGCUGCAAUGAAGUUAAUAUCAAAGGUUGUGCAGCGAGAUAUAAUUAUCAGAGACAUGAAUCGGUUCCAUCAUUUUAAGGAUGGGGUUUGCUGUUGUGGUGAUUAUUGGUGAGUGUAGGUCUUUAACAAGAUCUACCUUUCUUGAAAGACUGAGGUUUGUAUUUCUUCAUGGAGUCAUAAUUACAGAGGUUCAUUGGUAAGAAGCAGGCAAGAACUUGCUGUCUUCUAGGUAAUUCUGCAUCCUUUAUCAUGUAGGAUAAUAGUGCUUUGCCACAACCAUUUGAUUAUUGAUCUGCAGUUAUUUGACUACUCUAUGUUGGGUUAGUAGGAAACACUAGAGAAGCAAAAGAGCCAAAAAGGGGAAAAAUAGCAGUCUCUUAAUAAUGCAAAGAACUGUGAUGUCCAAUGUGAUGAAUGGGAUUUUGUCUAACAAGAUGUACUAGACAAGGUGUGAAGGUUGCCGAUAAAUGACUACUGUGGAAAUUCUAUACUUUGAAUGUAAAAAUCAUAGCUAUAGGAAAUGGGGUUAAUACUUUGCUAGCAGUCUAUAAAUAUACUGCAUGGAGAUUGGUGAGAUCAGCUGCAGAAGCAGAAAUAAUAUUCUCAACGGUAGCUCUGGGUAAAACUUACAACUGGCCAUUGUGAUGACUUAUCUUUGUGUGUUUGACCUUUGCAACUGAAAAUUUCUUGCAUAAGUUCCUUUACCAGAUUAGAAUUUUCGGGUGUGAUUGAGCUUCCUUUGAAUGUAAAGAUCCUGGUGAUUGAUUGAAGUCACCUAGAAAAUCUUGCUAUAAUCUCUUCUACAAAUGGUUAUCUGAUUGAAUAAGAAUGAAUGCUGCAUUUGGUUGUCUUGGCACUUUCCCUUAAAGUAAACAUAUACUCCCCUGUUGCUGUAACCAUCCCAAAAAAAGAAAUCCGCAAUGGAAAUUUUGUGGCUAUAGAACUGAUAGUACAGGCCUAGUUUUGAGCUACCAUGGAGGUACACCCUUCUUCACUAUGAUUUGCUAGAUGGUUGUUUUUGUGAUGUACCUUUUCAAGUGAAUUUUCUAUUUAAGAUCAAUGUAAUAUACAAUUUGCACUCUCCUGUAAUCUUAUUUCAAAGCAGUGACUGCAUUGGAGAGGGGGUGGUAAGUCUUAUUGCACACAGUUUGUUGCAUCCUGUCGUACACACUCCCUUGAAAUCAUGUUUUCAGCCUGCGUGGCAGUGUGUACGAGCUGUGUGCAAUAAGCGAUGCGCAACUUUCACUACCCGAGAAAAAAGGGGGGGUGGUCAGCUGUUUUCUUUUCCUUUUAAUAUACUUGAAAGCAGCUAUUUGAAGAACAAGAGGACAUGGGGUGAGGCUUAAAUAUGCAGUUACCAAGGUGUAAGGCUUAGUUGAGUCAACUAUCCAUAUGCAAGUAACACAAUUUUGAAGACUUUUCCCAAAUACAGAGAUGGGCGGAUAACAAUCUUCCAAAGGAGUGGCGGUGGGCUCCUCGGCUGUCUCUCUCUCUUUCUCGGGUCAAAUGUCAAUCGUGCUUCUCUGAUGUAAAUGCAUGCAAUCAUAAAAUGAAAUCCAUGCAGAUGAUUCAGUGCUUGACCAUUGAUUCAUUAUGGCCCCAUUUGUUUUUUAUGUUGUUUCCUGGACCAAAAAGGACAUUCAAGUGCAAAAUAAUAAAAUAGAUUUAUGUUAAAUUAUUAAUUUGGCCCUCUAAUUACCGGACAAACUUUGAUUUGA